AUGAGGGAAUACGGCUGGAACACUUUUAAGGAUUUAAUUUUCAGAAAUCCUGCUGUUGUCGACCAGGACCCACAUGUGGAUGAUGGUGAUGAGAAUACUGAACGUGGUAACUGGGCCAGCAAGAAGGAAUACAUCCUCUCUACAAUCGGCUAUGCUGUUGGACUGGGAAAUAUCUGGAGAUUUCCAUAUUUGGCCUACAAGAAUGGAGGGGGAGCCUUUCUUAUCCCCUACUUUGUGAUGUUGGUGGUGACUGGAAUUCCUCUUUUCUUCCUGGAAAGUGCCUUUGGCCAGUUUUGCAGCCAAGGUCCAAUUAACAUAUGGAGAGCAGUGCCAAUCCUACAGGGUGUUGGAAUUGCCAUGGUUAUAGUGACUCUGAUAGUAUCCGUUUAUUAUAACGUCAUCAUCGCCUACAGCCUGUACUACAUGUUCGCCUCCUUCCAGUCUCCCCUGCCAUGGUCCAGCUGCCUCAGUUGGGCAGACGGUAACUGCAGUAGCGUGCCUACAGUGUAUUGUAAUGUAAGUGGUGUUGUAGUGGCCAACUGGACUCAGGGAAACAGCUCUUGUCCUUCCUCCAACAUGAUCACAGUUCCAGUCCAGAGCCCGAGUGAGCAGUACUGGGAUCGCAUGGCUCUGCAGAGAUCCAGUGGUCUAGAUGAAACAGGACCAGUAGUUUGGCACUUGGCCCUCUGUCUGCUGCUAAGCACCAUGCUCGUUGCUGCAGCGCUCAGCAAAGGCAUCAAGUCAUCAGGGAAAGUUGUGUAUUUCACAGCUACAUUUCCAUAUGUGGUGAUUCUGAUCCUGCUGAUCAGAGGUGUGACACUAGAGGGAGCUAGAGAUGGGAUAGAGUUCUACAUUGGUGCCCAAUCCAAUUUGACUAAACUGACAGAAGCACAGGUGUGGAAAGAUGCAGCAACUCAAACUUUCUACUCUCUCUCGAUUGGCUGGGGUGGAGUCAUGACUCUUGCUUCCUACAACAACUUCCACAACAAUGUAUUCAAGGACUCAUUUGUCGUAACACUUACUAAUGCUGGCACCAGUGUAUUGGCAGGUUUUGCCAUAUUUUCCAUCUUGGGUCACAUGGCUCACAUCUACAAAAUGCCUGUGGGAGAAGUGGUGAAGGAAGGAUUUGGCCUGGCAUUCAUUGCAUAUCCAGAUGCUCUCUCCAAGCUUCCGAUUUCCCCUCUUUGGUCCAUUUUGUUCUUCUUCAUGCUUCUCACUGUUGGUCUGGACUCUCAGUUUGCAGGCAUAGAGGUGAUCACAACCUGCCUGCUUGAUGCCUUCCCUAAAGUCUUCAAACCCAAACGUGCUUUACUGACUUUAACGACAUGUUCAGUCCUCUACUUCCUGGGCCUGCCAUGUGUCACAAGGGCAGGAAUAUACUGGGUGACUCUAAUCGACCAGUUUGUUGCCAGUUGGGUGCUGCUAUUUUUGGCUCUCUUCGAGAUCAUUGGUGUCUGCUACAUAUAUGGAGGGAACCGUUUUAUUAAAGACAUUGAGAUGAUGCUUGGAAAUAAGAGUUUCACUUUCUGGCUGUGGUGGAGAGCAUGUUGGUUCUUCCUCACCCCGUGUAUCAUAGUGGUGAUCUUGGUGUGGUCUCUGAUGACCUUUAAACCACCUUCCUAUGGAACAGUCCAGUUCCCGGUAUGGGGCUUGGCUCUGGGCUGGUGCAUGGUUGCAUUCAUCCUCCUCUGGAUCCCUAUCGUCGCUCUGUAUAAGCUGAUGAGAGCAGAGGGAAGCGUCUGGAAGCGUGUGAAGUCAUUAUGUGCUCCAGCUAAAGAAUGGCAUCCCUACCUGGACAUCCAUCGAGGAGAGCGCUACUCAGAAGAACGCUGCAGCCACAGGAUGACAUCCCGGACCCAACUAGAUGUAAAUGUUAAUGUAAUCUCUAGCUCAUGGCUCUGAUGUGUGAUUUUGUUUGUUUACGUUCUCUUCCCUUUUGUGAAGCAGUGUAACACCUUGUUGCAUUGAGCGAUUUUUGACCUGCAGGAGACAGAGACUGACUCAAAUACAAACUCACAGCAGAUUAUCAAUAUUAAAUUUAAAUAUUUGCCAAAUAUUUCAGCAGAAAUGGGCAUCCAGUUGCAAGUUUUUCCUGUUUAAGUGUCCCACCGGCCAGCACCAAGUGCACCAUUCAGCUGUGCUUUGGUAACUACCUACAGGGGAAACUAUCUGGCUCUCUUUGACUCUCUACA